AUGGAUUACAAGGAUCGACAGACGCGUAUUUACGUGGACGGGAUGAUGUUCAACCGCCGCCCACUGGUCACUACUGAUCCCACAAAGUUGGAGGAACAGGCCAGACAGUACAUGACUGCUCGAAGCUUCGAUUUUGUCUCAGGUGGCGCUGGUGAGAAAUCAACAAUGGCAGCAAAUCGACUAGCUUUUCGACAGUGGAAGAUUAUUCCGCGAAUGUUGUGCCAAACUACUCAUCGCGAUCUAAGUGUCAAAUUAUUUGAUCGCCUUUAUAAAAGUCCAGUUAUUAUGGCUCCGAUCGGUGUACAGGCGAUCUAUCACAAUGAUAAGGAGCUCGGUAGUGCGGAGGUUGCAGCUUCACUAGGCAUUCCGUACAUCCACAGCACCGCCGCGACCUGCAGUAUCGAAGAAGUAGCUCAAGCGAACGGAGCAGGUCAUCGCUGGUUCCAGCUUUACUGGCCAAAGGAUCAUGAGCUGACCAAGUCUCUACUGUCUAGAGCAAAGCAAAAUGGCUACGAAGUAUUAGUCGUGACACUAGAUACUUGGGCUUUGGCAUGGCGUCCCUCUGACCUCGACAAUGGAUACGUCCCUUUCAUGAAAGGCGUGGGAACACAGAACGGGUUUUCAGAUCCUGUUUUCCAAGAGAAGUACCGACAGACUGCCGGCAAAGAUAUCGAAGAAGAUGUGGUGGCUGCAGCCAGCGCGUGGAAUGCUGACCUUUUCUCUAGCCAAGGCAGCAGGCACACUUGGGAAGACAUUGCCUUUUUGCGCAGUCACUGGGACGGGCCAAUUGUUCUGAAGGGCAUACAGCACGUGGAUGAUGCAGUGAUGGCUCUUCGUUCUGGUGUUCAGGGCAUCGUGGUCAGCAACCAUGGAGGGCGACAGGUAGAUGGUGCCAUCGGAAGCUUAGAAGUACUCCCCGAAAUCGUUGAUGCAGUUGGAGAUAGCCUUGCGGUUCUUUUUGACAGUGGAAUCCGUACUGGAUCGGACAUUGUGAAAGCUUUAUGCCUUGGUGCCAAGGCAGUACUUGUUGGACGGCCCUGGGUUUAUGGGCUUGGCAUUGCGGGCAAGAAAGGGGCGCAAGAUGUUUUACUUGGCCUUCUUACAGACCUCGACCUUACGUUGGGCCUAGCCGGCCUGCAAGGAAUCCAGGAUUGCAAGAGAUCCAUUGUUCGGAGAGUGGCUUAUGGGGGAGAUAUUCACUCAACAUAUUAA